GCUUCCCCUUUGCCCUGCCCGGCGGGCGCCGGCAACUGUGGCGGCGGCGGCGGCUGCUGCUGCUCCACCUCGCCACCAUUGCGGGCCGGGGAGGGCGCCCCAUUGAAGGCUCCCCCCCCCGCCCCCGAAGAUCGCCCCAAAGCCUUCCCUUCCCCCGGCGGCAGUGAUGCAGCAUCCGCAGCCCUAAGAGCGAGAAAAAAGUUCGGGGGCGGAGGGGGAAAGGAACAGAAAAGCGAAAGUUUGGCGUUCCGGCGCCGGGGAGCGGGGCGAAGUUGGCGGGGGCCCCUGCCCAGGAAGGUAAUCCCACCUGUGAGCUGCAGCCAAAUUUGACCCAAAAUGGCCGGCGCUUCCGUCAAAGUGGCCGUCCGGGUCCGGCCAUUCAACGCCCGCGAAAUCAGCCGGGACGCCAAAUGUAUCAUUCAGAUGCAGGGGAAAACAACCUGUAUCGCCAACCCCAAACAGGCAAAAGAUGCCCUCAAGAAUUUCACCUUUGACUACUCCUACUGGUCUCACACCUCGGAAGAGGACCCCAACUUUGCUUCCCAGAGGCAGGUCUACAAGGACAUCGGGGAGGAGAUGCUCCUGCACUCCUUCGAGGGCUACAACGUCUGCAUCUUCGCCUACGGGCAGACGGGCGGCGGCAAGUCCUACACCAUGAUGGGCAAGCAGGAGAAGGACCAGCAAGGCAUCAUCCCUCAGCUCUGCGAAGACCUCUUUGCCCGAGUGAACGAGAACAAAUGCCCCAACCUCUCGUACUCCGUGGAGGUGAGCUACAUGGAAAUCUACUGCGAGCGCGUGCGCGACCUCCUCAACCCCAAGAGCCGCGGGAACCUCCGUGUGCGGGAACACCCCAUCAUGGGCCCUUACGUCGAGGACCUCUCCAAGCUGGCCGUCACCUCCUACGAAGACGUUGCUGACCUUAUGGAUUGUGGCAACAAAGCCAGGACUGUCGCAGCCACCAACAUGAACGAAACCAGCAGCCGCUCCCAUGCCGUUUUCACUAUCGUGUUUACGCAGCGCCGCCACGACGAACUCACAGACCUCGACACAGAGAAGGUUAGCAAAAUCAGCCUGGUGGACCUGGCAGGGAGCGAGCGGGCGGAUUCGUCAGGAGCCAAGGGCACGAGGCUAAAGGAAGGCGCCAACAUCAACAAAUCUCUCACCACGCUGGGCAAAGUUAUCUCCGCGCUGGCAGAGAUGCAAAACAACAAGAAAAAGAAGUCUGAGUUCAUCCCCUAUCGUGACUCGGUGCUCACCUGGUUGCUGAAAGAGAACUUGGGGGGCAAUUCCCGCACAGCCAUGAUCGCUGCCCUCAGCCCAGCUGACAUCAACUAUGAGGAGACACUCAGCACCCUCCGUUACGCCGACCGCACCAAGCAGAUUCGCUGCAACGCCGUCAUCAACGAAGAUCCCAAUGCCCGCCUCAUCCGGGAGCUCAAAGAGGAGGUGGCCAGGCUCCGAGACCUCCUCUCUGCCCAGGGGCUCUCGGCCACCACCUUUGCUGGCGCGAAGCCUGACGACCCGGGGGGCGGACUGGGCCUCCCCAUCUCACCCUUUGCCCCGAGUGAGGACUCCUCCCUCCUCCUGGAGCCCCUGCCCCUCAACGGGGAGUCUGAGUCAUACCCCGACAUGGAGGAGGAGAUGAUUUGCACAGAAGAGGCUAUGGAGAGGCUCCAGGAGACGGAAAAGAUGAUCGCGGAGCUCAACGAGACCUGGGAGGAAAAGCUGCGGAAGACAGAGGCCAUCCGCAUGGAGCGAGAGGCUCUCCUGGCAGAGAUGGGCGUGGCUCUCCGGGAGGAUGGGGGCACUGUGGGGGUCUUUUCCCCCAAGAAGACUCCGCACCUGGUAAACCUGAACGAGGAUCCGCUGAUGUCCGAGUGCCUCCUCUACCACAUCAAGGACGGCGUCACCCGAGUUGGCCAGCAGAACGUGGACAUCAAGCUGACGGGGCAGUUCAUCAGAGAGCAGCACUGUGUCUUCUGCAGCGUCACCAAUGAGUCUGGAGAAGUGGUCGUCACCCUGGAGCCUCGCGAAGGUGCUGAGACCUACGUCAAUGGGAAGCAGGUGCUGGAGCCGCUGGUGCUGAGAUCAGGCAACCGCAUCGUCAUGGGCAAGAACCACGUUUUCCGCUUCAACCACCCAGAGCAGGCGCGGCUGGAACGGGAGCGCAACACCCCCGCGGAGAGCCAGGCCGAGCCAGUCGACUGGAACUUUGCCCAGCGGGAGCUGCUGGAGAAGCAAGGAAUCGACAUCAAGCUGGAGAUGGAGAAGAGGCUUCAGGAUCUGGAGACGCAGUAUCGUCGUGAGAAGGAGGAGGCGGACUUGCUUCUGGAGCAGCAAAGACUGUACGCAGACUCCGACAGCGGGGACGACUCGGACAAGCGCUCCUGCGAGGAGAGCUGGCGCCUGAUCUCGUCUCUGCGCGAGAAGCUCCCGGCCACCAAGGUGCAGACCAUCGUGCGCCGCUGCGGCCUGCCCAGCUCAGGCAAGAAGCGGGAGCCGCUCCGCGUCUACCAGAUCCCCCAGCGGCGGCGGGCGGCGAAGGACCCCCGCUGGCUGACCCUGGCCGACCUCAAGAUGCAGGCGGUCAAGGAGAUCUGCUACGAGGUGGCCCUCAACGACUUCCGCCACUCGCGCCAGGAGAUCGAGGCCCUGAGCAUCGUCAAGAUGAAGGAGCUGUGCCGCCUCUACGGAAAGCGCGACCCCAACGAGCGCGACAGCUGGCGCGCCGUGGCCCGUGACGUCUGGGACACGGUGGGCGUGGGCGAGGCUGACGGCACGGUGGGGGGAGGAGGAGGAGGGGGCUCCUCGGAGGUCCGCACGGGAGGCACACCCGGCACAGAUGUGGACGACCUCCGGGCCCACAUCGACAAGCUGACCGACAUUCUGCAGGAGGUGAAGAUCCAGAACAACAUGAAGGACGAGGAGAUCCGGGCGCUGAGGGACCGUGUGGUCAAGAUGGAGCGUGUCAUCCCCAUCUCAGCCCAGGAGGACGAAGACCUCGAGAACGAGUGGGGCUCGCUGCUCUUCUCCGAGGGGCUCGCUCCGUCAGAGGAGGAGGACCCCAAGGAGGACCGGGCGGGUGGCCAGGACUCUCUGACCCCCGGGGAGGAGAGGAGGGGCCCAUCCCCGCCCUCCCCGACCUGCUGUGACCGCGUCUCCCGCCUGAUGGAGAAGGACCCGGCCUUCCGCCGCGGGCGACUCCGCUGGCUGCGCCAGGAACAAGCGCGGCUCCAGAGCCUGCAGCAGCAGCAGCUGGCCAAGGCCCUGCGCCGCACCCAGCCCCACGCCGCCCCGGGCAAAUUCAUCCCCCCACAGGACUGCAAACUGCGGUUCCCCUUCAAGAGCAACCCCCAGCACCGCUACUCCUGGGCGCCCGGCUCCGCAUUCAUGGUGGAGAGCGAGCCGGCCGCCGGCCAGGCGAAGGAGGAGAAGGGGGCUGAGUCCUGCCCCCCGCGGCCCGCCAGCCCCCGCCCCGCCCGGAAAAGCAGCCCCGCGCCCCAGCAGAACAGGCGCUCUGGCCCGCCGCGCCGCAACUCCCUGGAAGGCGGGCAGGCGCGUGGGAGGCGGGGCCCCGCGCAGGAGCACUACCAGGCCCGCAAGCACAACUACUACCCCCGCCAGCACCAGCCCUACCCGCAGCACCGGCCUGCCAACCCCCCGGACGGCGGCCCCCCGCCCCGCAUGCGCCGGCAGAGGUCAGCCCCCAACCUGCAGCAAGAGCGUGAGAGCGCCGUGUGACCCGGGAGGAUCUGGCGCUCCCUGGCCGGACGGAAGCAGGAGGUUGGGGCGCACAGGGAGGUGGCAGCAGUAGCCUCAGGUCGUGGGAGCCCCCCCGGACCGCUGCCCACCUGCCAUGGACGGACAUGACCCUUGUUCUGCAGCACAGAGCUUCCUUUGGGUGGGGCGUGGGAAACCUGGGUGAUGGAGGGUGGGUGUUUAAGCGCUGCUGCGGUUUCAGGAGGUGCUGAGUCGGAUCAGCAGGGUCUUUCCUGGUGAGAAAAUCCAAAGAGGUCGCUGUAGGGUUGGUUUUUUUUUGUAAUAGGAACGGGUUUAG